AUGGAAGAGUUGGUUAUAUCUUUAGAAAGGAAAUUAGCAAAGGCGCGCUCCCAGCUUCUUACUAAAGAGCAAUAUAUAGUAUCGCUCAAUGAGCACAAAGGCUCAUGUGAAUUGGCCAGUAUCUGCACAGUCACUGAGGAAAAGAGCUGUUCUGAAACACAGUCAGAUAUUGCACCUAUAGCUGCAAAACAGAAUAACAGUGUGAUUACAAUCCAAGAGAGACUUACGUUAUGCCAGGUUCUAGGUGAAUUUAACAGUCUGGAAUCACCAAUGAGCCUGUCCAAUAAAUUUGAGGCUCUAGUACUUAAAUUCCACUUGAGGAAUGAGGAUGCAUGCUCUCUGCUGAAAGCAUGGCUACCAGGACCUGUGGUAGGCAAGUUAUCGGCACAGGUUAAUGAUAACUUAGCAGAUGCAGAAAUGCGGAGGAGAGAAUUGCGGCGUAUUGUAGACAGUCGUGAUAAUAGUAUGAGUGAUUUGCAACAAAUGAAAUUUAGGAGAGGAAAUGACCCGAUAUUGUUCUGCAGUGAGUAUCUUGCAUUGUAUACGAAAGUGUUCAACUGUCCUGACUCAUUGGAGGAUGAUGCAAGUUUCAUAUACUCAAUGGCAAAUAAAUGUUAUGUAAGCUAUCCCGCUAGAAUGGCUCUGAGAAAUGCUAGAUCCUACCAAAAUGUUGUCAAUAUCCUGCGAGACUUCUGUCAGGAGUACAGUCAUAGGGAAUAUGGAUCAAAGGCAGAUUUAUCCCUAAAAAGCAGAGGUACAGGAAGGCAUAGAGAGUUUAGACGUUCUAAAUGGAAUAGAGCCCUUAAGAUUGCUAGCAUGCAGCAGGAAGUGCCAGAAAUACAGGUAUCUGCAAUAAACCCCCCCCAGGGUAAGAACAGCCUACCUCAAAAGUCUGAUAUGAAAGGUAGCAGCCAGGACAGAGCACAAGGUUAUCAAGAGAAGAUAAUAAAUGACAGCCAACGCCCUAAUUACAGCCAACAAGACUGGAUGAACAUUCCAAUGUGUGCCCCCUGGGCUAAUCUACCAUUCUGGCUUGUAUGUAGUUGGACGCAGAGGGUGUUGCCAUUUAUCCUGUGUUAUAUGGCAAAGUUUCACAAUACUGCCUGCUUAGUAUAG